AUGGUCGGCCCUGAAGCCCUUUGCAUUGUUGGAGUCGUGGUCGUUCUCCCUGAUUGGACUCAAUUUCACCUUCUACCACUAUCCCAACAGACAAGAUUCUGCGGUGACCUCUAUUUAUACACCUAUUUACACACCAAUGCCUCCGACGACGGCAUCGUCUUUGUCUGUGACCUGUCGUCCUAUGGCCGGUCAUUGUGGCUACACGCACCCGAACCAGAGAUUGAGAUGCUCAAAACUCUAGACUACUUUACGCUCACGUGCCAGUCGCAGGAUCUUCCCAAGCGACCAAUCCUCCUGUUCAUGGACAGGAUUCAGGAUUUCAGACGCCAGAUCGAGUCCGGGUUUGUCCCGCUUCGAAAUUGCUUUCCGGAAUACCGAGGCGGAGCGGACACGAGCCUGGCUUUGGAAUACAUUCUACAGCGGUUCAAGAGGUGGACUUGCGGACGCGAGGUCUACUCACAUCUUAUCGAAUCGAGGGAUAAGGACUGUAUGUCGGCCAUUUUCCCGCUUUUGCUAGAGCGUUCAAGUCAAGUUCCCGCGCCCGCCUGA